AUGGCGGGGGCGGCGAGAGUCCUGUGGCGGGAGAGCCGCCGCCGCCGCUGCUGGGGCCCAGAGGCCGCUCGAGCGACGGCGCUGGUGGGCUUCCCUCAGCUGCCGGGUAAGUGCGAGGGGGCGUGGCUCGGCCGGACGGUAGCGCGAUGGAAGCGCCAUUCCUCCGCCGCCUCUUUUUCUUCUUUCCGUGGGUUCCUUCCGAGGCUUCACGCGGGCGAGGCUCCUGCGUGGCUCCAGGUGUUGUCGGACUCCAUCUCCCCUCAGCCCCGUGGCGAAGGAUCAUGGGAGUUGUAGUCCGACAACUGGCGGGCAGCCAAUUCCCUCCCCCCCCCCAUCCGCGUCCUUGCUGGGUCAGGCCAAUGGCCCGCCUAGUCGGGCAUCUUCUCUCACGGUGGCCACCCAGGUGCCCCGGAGGGAAGCCAGCAAGCAGGAUUCAGAAGCGCCUCUGGCUCCAAACAUUAGCGAUCGUUUUUUGUUUCCCCCCCCAAAAAUUUUUUUAUUAAAUUUUCCACAAUUACAACAAAUAUAACAUAAAAAAGGAAAAGAAAACACACAAAAGAAAACACAAUACAAUAUUAAAAAAAAAGAAAUCUUAAACACAUAUCCCUUGAAAACCUAAUUUCUCUUCCAUUGUUAAUUGACUUCCUCAAAUCCCUCCCUUCUGAAUUUCAUUAUAUCUGCAUGUAACAGCUCUCCAAUAUAAUUCUUAAACUAAAAUUAUAUCCAGCAAUUAACUAUCUUAUUCUCUUUUCUUACUGUUCUAAAUCCAAUUUACUUGCAAUUAAAUCCUAAUUUAAUCCUAGGCCUUUUUGGUGCUUUCAAGUCAUUUCUAAUUAUUUAUAUUACAAUAUUUAUUCAAAUAGUCCUUAAAUUUCUUCCAAUCUUCUUGAUAUUCCUGUUCUUUCUGGUCACGGAUUCUUCCAGUCCCUAACCCUAACCCUGACAAGCAGUAGCCAUCGUGGCCGCCAGUGGCCCUUUCCGCCAUGAAUUCGGCCUUUUUUAAAUGCCACCCGAUUGAUAGCCAUCAUUGCCUCGUGCCUGCCCAGCCAGAGGCGGACUACGAAGGCUGCCUUUGUGGUGAGAAAAAGGUGGGAAGAGAAAGAGAAGUUGGCAGCCAUGAGGCUUUAAAGAAAGGCCAUGGGGUUCUUCUGUCACUCCGGAUUAAACACUCUUGUGUCAUUUCUGUGUGGCCACUGGCGUUGCGCAUGGUGUGAACAGGUGGCCACACCACUUCCCACCGCACUGUUUUGUUUUCGCAGAGACAUGCGAGUCCCUGGAAAGCGCAGACUAAGCCUCCCUUCCUCCUGCCCAAGAAAUCACACUCUACCAUAAAGCUGAUGCAAGCUUGUUUGAAGUCACAAGGUUUUUCUCAUGUAGUCUCAUUUUGAAGCACAGGCCAGAAGACCCGGACCUGCUUAUUAUUAUUUGUACCCAGCCCAUCUGGUUGGGUUUCCCCAGCCACUCUGGGCGGCUGCCAACAGAUUAAAAACAGAAUAAAACAUCACACAUUAAAAACUUCCCUAAACAGGGCUGCCUUCAGAUGUCUUCUAAAAGUCAGAUAGUUGUUUAUUUCCUUGACAUCUGAUGGGAGGGCGUUCCACAGGGCGGGCGCCACUACCAAGAAGGCCCUCUGGUUCCCUGUAGCUUUGCUUCUUGAAGUGAGGGAACUGCCAGAAGGCCCUCGGCACUGGACCUGUGUCCCAGCUGAACGAAGGGGGUGGAGACACUCCUUUAGGUAUACUGGACCGAGGCCAUUUAGGGUUUUAAAGGUCAGCAUGGAUACAUAUGCUAUAAUUUUAUUGUUUUAUUUAAAUAAAUUGUUUAAAUUGUUAUUAGAGAAAUGAUUAUUUUUCUCCUUCCAAUAAAGUACAGCAGAAAAGUUGUCCAAAUAUGAACAGUUAACUUAUUAAACCUCACCAUAAUUUCAUAAUUAUAUGUCUAUGUAUUUCUAAUAGUAUAACCAAAUCAAUAAUUUUUGAUAUAACUGUAAAAACUACUCUGAAAAUUUAUUAUUCCAAAAAUGAACAUUCUUCGGGUUGUGAAUAUUAAGAUUACAGUCAUACCUCAGGUUGAAGUUGCUUCAGGUUGAGCGUUAACAGGUUACGCUCCACAGCGACCCGGAAGUAACGGAAUGUGUUACUUCCAGGUUUCGCCGCAGACGCUCAAAAUGACGUCAUGCGUGGAAGCAGCAAAUCGCGACACACAGACGCUGGUUGUGUUUGCUUCAGGAUGCAAACGGGGCUCCGGAACGGAUCCCGUUCGUAUCCAGAGGUACCACUGUAUACCAGUAAAAAUGAGUCUGUCUAUAAAAAAUAAAUAAAUUUUAAAUCGUCUUUCUGACUAGUGAUUUAAAUCAUGAUUUAAAUCAAAUCCACCCUGAUGUUGAUGGAUGUGUGGAAGGUAAAUUUAAAAAAUAAUGGUUUGUUUAUUUUCUGUAUAUGUGUUAAUUCGUUGUAUAGUGUUUGUCAAAUCAAUGGAUAUAAUUUUAAAACAUUCAUAUGAUUCUUAUUUCUAUGAUUAUCUACCUCAAUAGAUGACAAUGUUUGCAUAUGAUAUGUGUGUUGCACAUUCUGGUCUCUGGAUUUGUUUUUGUUUUUUACUUUGAAAACAAUUAUAGUGAAAAGUUGCAGACAGGACUGUUCACCAGCUGACAUCAGACCACUGCUAGCUUUUACAAAUGAUAUGUAUCAAUACUGUCAAUAGGCAAAAUAUACAUGGCUUAGAAAUGUCUUCUGUUUAGGUUGCAGACAAAAAUCCUCACACAGUUUUCUUAGCCGUCCUGAUAAUCCAAACCUAGCCUAUCACAAGCUAAAAGGCAAGAAUCCUGGAGUUGUCUUCCUCUCAGGUUUUCUUUCAAAUAUGAAUGGUAACAAGGCACUUGCACUCGAAGACUACUGCAAAUCAGUGGGCCACGCUUUUGUAAGGUAUGUCUUAGAAGUAUAUGCUAAUUAAAUGCAAACACCGUUCAAUAAAUUACAUUGAUAAAUUAUUAUUAUUCUGAACCUUCUGUAAAUGUUAAUGAAAUGUAUUCCAACUCUUUGUAUUGUUAAUGUUUUCCAGACUUUGCAUUUUGUGACCCUGUUGAGUGUCGUUUGCGCAAUCUAUGCUUUUAUUGAGAUCCCUCUCUUGCCUAAUUUCACAGGUUUGACUAUAGAGGCUGUGGAAGUUCAGAAGGCGAUGUUAAAGAAUGUACAUUGGGAAAGUGGCGGAAGGAUGUACUUGCGGUAUUGGAUGAACUUACACAAGGACCACAGGUUGACUAUGUCUUUAUUUUUAAACCUAGCAUAAAAUUUUCUUUCAGGUACAAGUACAGGGGUUGCUAGUGUGGUGUUCUGCUUCCUGAAAUUAAGCUCCCCCUCCCUUUUUUUAAACAAGGUUUCUGCUGUAGCCAGUAGAAUUGGUUGUGCAGGGUUUGUGGUGCCUAAAUAUCCCCACAGUUCCGGAAAGGUUGGCAGCCCCUCUGAAUGUAGUCCAAGCCCUCUUUCGUGAAUAAAAGUUGUUGAAUAUGUUUCCAUUUUCAGCCUGUGUAACUUUCAAAGAAGCAAACAUAUGCAACUAAACAGUUCCACUAGCGCAAGGAGUUUCCCCUCUCCCUGCAUGCCUUACAAAUAUGCCCCAGGGAUAUGAGAGCACCCCUGCAACAGAUUUAGGGAGCACCCGAGUAGAGAGCAGGAAGUUGCAUGGCACAGCUAAAACUUCUUGCACUGGAGGAACUGUCUUAACUCAGGGGUCAGCAAAUUUUUUCAGCAGGGGGCUGGUCCACUGUCCCUCAGACCUUGUGGGGGGCUGGACUAUAUUUUGGGGGGGGAAAUAAUGAACGAAUUCCUAUGCCCCACAAAUAACCCAGAGAUGCAUUUUAAAUAAAAGGACACAUUCUACUCAUGUAAAAAGCACACUGAUUCCCAGACCAUCUGCGGGCUGGAUUUAGAAGGCAAUUGGGCCGGAUCCAGCCCCCGGGCCUUAGUUUGCCUACCCAUAGUCUAACUGGAUAUCGCUCAUGUUCCCACAAUGCUGCUGGGAAUCUGGCUUCUGGUUGAUAACAUUUGCUGGAUGAUUGUUGUUCAUGAGAUAAUUGAGUAAAACUGCUUUUUUAAAAAGUUCAUUUGAGAGCAUAUUUAAGCAUGUGUGUUACACAGCUCUAAAAUAAAAUUUUAAAAUAUGUUUAGAGCAAUAGAGACAACAUAUUUGAACCACCCAAGAACGAUGCUAAGUAAUAACAGCCCCCCCCCAAGGUACUGAUUGAAGUGCAGAAGGUACAAGACUGCAAAUGUGCUUGCCAUGUCAACUGGUGUUCAUAUUCUCUUGGACAGUCCUCAUAGCACUUAAAGUGGCUUUAUCUCCUGACCCUUUUUGUUUAUGGUGGCACAGUUGAUUAACGAGCUCGCAAUAAACUAACGAAUACUGGUCUCACAUUAAGAUUUUAGUUGGUUCCAGUUUGGGCGGAUGGUUGAUGCUUCAUGCUGCAAUUGCUCGUCCAGAGAAGGUGGCUGCACUAGUUGGAGUAGCUGCAGCGGCAGACUAUCUAGUAUCAACUUACCAACAGCUUCCUGUAGAGGUAAGGAGGAAUAAUAAAGCUUUCCUGAUCGAAAUAGGCACUCUUUUUUUUGGUGUAGAAGUAGUGUUCUGUCUUAAGAGUACACAGUGUAUGUCAGACAGAAAAAGCACAGAAAACAAUUCUUCCUACUUUUGCAAGCUGUUUGAGGAUUGUCAAAUAAACACUUGACAUUUUUAAGAUGCCUUCACUAAUUUUUUAAGUGACCCUCUUUUUUUGUACGUUUUACUUCACUACCUAAAAGGCUUUUGUUAUUAUAGACAGCAUGUGUGUGGAGAAAUGUCACUUACAUGACUGGGCAACAGCUGAUUGGCCCUGUGGCAUUGACAGUACAGGGUCCUACAGGGUUCCAUCAUGUCCCCCAGGCUCUUAAAGGAGUGCUCAUUGGGGCAGAGCUUCAGCAGUGGAUUUGACAGUGAGGUUGGGGUUCACAGGUAUGUCAGCAGCAACAUUAGAUUGGCUCUGCCGGUGUGUUUGUGUCGCCACAACUUUAGCAUCAGUGAUGCUAUUUCUGGGAGGUCUAUUGCUGUGGCUCCACCCACUGAGCAAGGCUCUCCUAAGCUGUUUAACAUCUCUAUAAAGCUGAUGAAUAACAUUAUCUAAACCCUAUCUAAGAAUCUGGGUUUGUUCACUUUCCAACUGUUGCAGAUUGUAACUUGUUAACUUUCCCAACUAGAUCACAGUGGGAAUUAUUAAGAAUAGAUCUGGUCCUUUGCACCUUCACUUGAAUAUUCUGCUUUGAGUUUUAUUUCUUCUGCUGGUGCUUGGUGUGACAAGUCCUGAAAAUGGUUUUUGGAUGUAUUGAUAACUGAAGAAUCUUCAUAGUGCAUUGACAGCAGAAUCAAGCUUUGUCCUUCCUAGUUUUUUGUAGCCCUUUUUCUUAACCAGUACACAACUGCAGGUUGAGCUUGUAACAAUUAUUUACUUGAUAAAAGCACUACUUUACAUGUGGCCUAUCCCAGCUGUGAAAAAGAUUUGUUUUGAACUUCCUCUCCUACUCUUGGUGUUCCUUUGAUGAUGCAAGUCCAUAAUUAUGUGAUGGUGAGGUGCUGAUAUCAGUUAACACUUGGAGAAACUCACCUUAGGAUGGAGAGUGACUUUCAAGUCCUGCCUUGUGAGUUUAGUUUGUAAUAGAUAUAUAUAUAGAUAGAUAUAUGUUUUUAUUCCUAGUUAAAAAAGGAAAUUGAAGAAAAAGGUGAAUGGAAGGUGCCAACCAAGCACAACGAAGAAGGGGUUUAUUCUGUGCCAUAUGGACUCAUCCAGGAAGCAGAAAAUCACUGUGUGUUAACUAGCCCUCUUCCCAUAAAAUGUCCUGUGAGGCUUAUCCAUGGCAUAAAAGAUGAGGAUGUCCCGUGGGAGACUUCUAUGAAGAUUGCAGAACGCGUUGUUAGCACAGAUGUGGAUAUUAUUCUCCGCAAAGCUGGUCACCAUCGGAUGAAAGAGAAGGAAGAUAUCAAACUUAUCAUAUACACAGUGGAAGACUUAAUUGAGGAGCUCAGCACUUAG